AUUAUUACAAAUAAUUGCAAGGUUUUGUUAUUGUUAUAAUGACAAGAGGGAGUGGAUGGGCGCGCGCGCUAGUGCAGGCAAGACGCUCCUCGCCUCGACGCUGUCAUGGAGCACGUCUACCACGAAAAGCAAGAUGGGUUACUGUGUGGGCAACACUGCCUUAACAGUCUACUCCAAGGUCAGUACUUCACUGCUGUGGACCUGGCAGAUAUUGCUCAACAGAUGGACCAAGCUGAACAGCGUCACAUGGCAGAAUUGGGAAUACAUACUGAUGAAUUCAGAAGGUUUAUGGAGCAACCAUCGGUGAACAUGGACGACAGUGGCAUGUUCAGUGUCCAGGUGCUAACAUCUGCCCUGCGGGUGUGGGACCUAACCUUGGUACCAUUUGCUUCAAGCAGUUCUUUGGCAACAGCUGCUCGACUUAACCCAACGUCAUUGGGCGAGUCGGUGACAUGCACUGCAUACAUAGGGAAGGGUUAUUCAAUAUUUGUGGUGGAUGGCAAUCUACCUCCAUCGGAGGCAGAUGAAACUUUGCGCCUUCAUCCAGCAGUGCAGACGACUAAGCCUAAACUUCUGUCUGAGAUAUCAGAGGAGAGGAGACAUAGCAAAGAAGACGGAGAUCUUAAAGCUGCAUUGGCAGCCAGUUUGGCCAGUGUUGGCUCGUCCCAUGAAAAGCACGAUGGACCUCCUCACUCAGGGGAAUACUAUGAACUGCUAGCAGCUAUGCAGCUCUCUCUCGAAAAUGCCUCCCCAUCCAAGUCACAGAGCUCUGCGAAGAGAGACCUACAGCCAAAUGUAUCGAGGUACUCGGACAGAGCCAGUCCACAGUCCCAAGUUAAUGCAGAACACUCCAGUGAGGACGAGAACCUGCAAGCGGCUAUUCGUUUGAGUCUUGGUCAAUACAGUCCAGAAGUUAUAGAUGAUGACCUGGAGAGAGCCCUGCAGUUGAGCAUGUCAGUAGAAGCGGAGCAAGGUAGCCCAGUCGGCCCAUCCCCAGGCGAACCCUCGAGCAGCGACCAUCGCGCUUGCGUGAAUCUGGCUGACCGCAUUCCAGAGGCCACAGCCACCCACACCGCCGAGGAGCCGGAUCUUGAAGAAAUCCGUCAGAGGCGACUGGCAUUCUUGAGCAAGCAGACACCAUGACCUCCUUAAAGUUAAGACUUCUCUUAGGACAUUUGUAAUGUUUUCAUGAGCUCUCACAUUAGUUGCCUUUAUGGAAUAUAAUUCCACACUUUGUUCAACAUGAAUCAGGUCAAUUUCUACCUGUGUGUGUGUGUGUGCGCUCAUUUUAUAAGAAAGCCACAUUAAAGUAGAUACCAAAUUGAAUACGAGUCUACAAGAAGCAUUAGAGUGUGUGUGUGUAUGUGCACGUGCUUAUAUGUACCUAGUGCGGGGGAGAAAAAAGUGAGAGAAAUGUAUGAGAGAAAAGAGGUAGAAACCUUGGAGCUGCAGUGAGGUAACUUGGUGGGAAAAUUAUAUUUCAAAGAACAAAUCUCUUCAUUGAACUUGAAGAUAAUUGAAUGGCAAAAGUUUUGGCAUAGUGUAGUAAUUAUUUAGAUGUUUUAGUCACUAAUAACCCCCCAUAAUAAUUUUUAAUAAUGUCACAAUACUUGUUAUAUAAUUGGUUAAUGCACAACGUUGGUAAUUAUUUUCUUAGUUCCUCAUAAGGAGUUCCUAAUACUAGUAGUUUUAAUAGUUUCAUCUAAUAAAUUUUUUUAAGUAACUAAUGCCUUUGCUUGUCGGCUUAAAAAACUGAAGACCUAUGUGGUAUAAUAAAUAAUAAUAAUUUAUUUACAAGAAGGUACGACGUGUUUGUGAGAUUCCAUAACAUUAGUAUUUUUACAUUCUUGCAAAGCCACUAACAAGCAUAGCCUUUUGGGCAGGAAACUCCCUAUAGUUAUUGAGCCAUGAAACCUGUUAGCAGAUCUUUGAACUGCUAAAAAUCAUUUAAGGGAAAGGAGGCGACCAUUAGCAACUGGGGAAAAAACAAAAAAAUGGCUGCGCCAAAAUUUACACACAGUACUUGUCCAGAUAAUUUGGAAAAAUCCCAGUCGCCUCAGAUACAGAUUUAAUAUUUUCUGUAUCUUUGACAUUCCUAAACUUGCAGAUUCUUCAUAUAUGCAGUGAGUAGAUGUAAUUUCACACAAUAUUCAUCUCUGAACCUUUCUUUUAAGAAGGGCUUCUACCUAGAUAAUGUUUUUAAAAUAAUUCCAUACUAUAUACAGUACAUAAAUUGGGUAGACGGGAUACCAGUUAACCGUUUAUAAUAAUCUAAUAGGAAGAAUACAUAGGCUGUUAUUAACAGCCUAUGUAUUCUUCCUAUACCCUAGUAACUCUCUUGUCUACCAACAAUACUAUUGCUAAUCCUAAUAUCAACAUUAUUCCUAUAACUAUUACUACGACUAUAAUUAAUACUAUAACCACUGAUACUGUACCACCACCACUUUUUUUUCAUUAGUUACAGCAGCCUGUACUUGUUACAUUAGCCUAAACUCCAUUAUAUUCCCUGUAAUCACAGCACCCUUAACACUUGUUAUACUGCUUCAUUCGUAUCUCAAGAUAUGUGGACCUGGAUAUGCUAUUCUCGAUCAGCUACGAUCAAAACAUUUAUUUAAUUUGCCGUCACAAAACUGGUUCUUAUUUAUUGGCUAUUUCCGAUAAUUAAAGGUGAGAACAGGUAUUUUAUUACUGCGUGACAUGUUCGGUGGGCCUGGCCCACUAGCCAUUAGGAAAAGAUGUUGAAUGUUUGGGCAAGGUCACUUGUACAUAAUACAACUCCUAUGCAAAUACAGUAUGUUAGGGCCUUCCAGUAAAAGGAAGUAUUCCGUGUGUGUGUGUGUGUGUCUGGCUUUUCAUCAGCCAAUGCAGAUGAAAAACUUAUACUUUGCUUUUGUACAUACAGUAAUUGCUUUAAGUACUGUCGUUGUUGAACUUUUGCAAGUGUUUGCUUUAAUAGCUAAUAUAGUAAACUAAUGCACAAAUUAGUGAUCAUGAAGAUAUGAUUACAACUUUUUGAAAUGAAGUAUUAUGCUGAUGAAUUGGGCAGCACCCACUGAAGAGUUGGCAUUUGCCAGGACUAAACAAAAGUGCUUUGUGUUUCGUGUAGAUUAACUAAAAUAUAUAUAUAUAUUUUUGUUUACGUUUAAUUUUGUCAUCAUUUGCAAACUUUUUAUUGUACUGAACGUAUAUUGUUUGCUAUUUAAGGCUCUUCAUAAUAAAUUUAACAAAAGGCAUUGAGAGAAGUUCUCAAUUGUAUGUUAUACAAGUUAAAGGAUCUACAGUAAUGUAAUCCCUUACCUGUUCCAUCUCCAGUAUCAAGAUGGCAACAAUGGUUCCAGUGUUCAUUGAUAUAUUUAAUUGGCCCUCCCACAAUUUUAUCUUUUAUUGAGUAGACAAUAUCAUCUUUUUAUUGUUACUGAGGUCAUAAGCGAGUUCUCUUUCGUGUUGAGCCUCAAAGUACAGCUAUCGUCAAAAUUGUCACUGCCUAUGAGAGAACAAAAGGUUGUUUUUUUUAUAGAAUAUUUACUUGUAGAAAGUAAAGAAAUGAUAAUGAAACAAAUUAUCCACUUUUCUGGUUAGGCGAGCUGUAGCCUGGGCAGCAUUUCUUCGGUUUCGAUAUUUACGGUGAACUUUUGUUCACCUUAAAUACUGCAUUUGUGUUUUUUGCUUCAGUUAUUAUUUUCCACAACACUGUGUUGAGUAAAUGUUUAUAUACACAACUGAUCAAAAAGUGAUAUUGUACGUAGGCUUACAAUGUAAUGUGUAACACUAUUUGACAAACAUCUUCCUGGCACAGCCUCAAAGGAAGUGUACAACCUCACUCAUUUGAUGCAGUUCUGUCUUGUAUUAACACGUCAUUCAGGGCAUGGAUUCAGAUCCUGGUGGUAAAGAUGAAAUUUGUCAUGUGAUAAUCGUGUACUAGCAGCCUAAAGUUAUCUCAUUCACAUAGUAGUCAACUAGAAAAUGAUAGCAGGAUUUAUGCUCUUGGUCAACAAACGUUCAUCCAUAUAGAGCUAUUAUAACCAUAUUAUUGAUGUAAAACUGUGCAGUAAUAAUGUAAACAGUAACAUGACCUUAUUGGCCCCUUCAUCUAUAGUCAACACACAACUAUGACUGCACUUUGACUUAUUGAGUCUUUUGAAGGUAAUAUCUUGUAAAAGGCAUUUAACAUUUCCAUGCGUACUGAAUGUCCUUGGCUGACAAGUACAAUAAUUUUAAUUUGAACUACAACCAACAGCUCUUCAAGUUACAGUACAUUUGAAGGAAAUUAUUUUAAUUAGAAAACCUUUUGAUCUUAAUAGUUGCUCUUAUCUGCACAAUGACAUGCUCUGCAUGGAGAAGAGUAGAACCAUACAUAAUGCCUGGUUUGCAAUUAUUGUUUAUUUAACAUGCAUGUUGGACUUGAAUAUUAAAAAGAUGCAUACCACAAUAGUAUGGGUAAUAUUUCAUCACUUGGAUCAUCGGCUAUUCAAACACAGGCGUACAGAAUACGAGACAGUCAUCUAUGGCCUGGUCGGCAAGACAAUAGUCUCGUGCAUUUGAGGCUCGAGUUCGAUUCUCCGAUGAUCUAAGUGAACGAAAUUGAACAUUUAAUUUUACUUGGCAAAGUUUUGAUUCAAUUUUCUUGUAUUUUAAGCCUCUUUAAAUGUGUGUUCACAGAUGUAAACAUGUACUUAAAGGCAUCGUUUCAGACUUGUGGAAUUAGAAAAAACAAAUUGUUAUCAGCAGACAUCUGCUCAAGUGUCUUUGAUAUUUCUAACAGUUUUGUAAAUACAGUAAUGAAGUUUUUAUAGGCUACAGUUGCAACUAUUUGUGAUGUUUAUUUUAUAAUCCUUACUGUUUAAAGCUUCUUAAUAGAAGAAAACAUACAUCUAUAAUAUGCCCAUCAGACAUACAAGUUGAUCCAAACCUUUUCUGAGUACCAUGUCAGAUUACAAAAAAAAAAUAAUCGGUGAUAAUUAUUUUUGAGCAAGACGUAUCCACUGCAUAAAAAAAAACUUACAUGAAUAAUCAGAGGAUUGGUGGCAAGUGUAAGGCUCUCGGCGGAGUGCGGACAGGGGGAGUAAAGAGGUGCAUACCUUUACAGUAAUGCAUUUGAUAUUCCCUGCUCAACAGCAAACAUUGGCAUACAAAGAGCACAAGCUUCCAUGUUAAUCAGUGUCAUGGGUAGGCUCAACUAAGUGUUUAACUUUAGGGGUGUGUGGGGAAAAACAAAACUUUCAAUUCAAAUAAUUACCUGCUAAUGUGCAGAUGUGUUUUGGCCUUUAUUAGUGGCAAUACAUACAAGUUACAGUAUUUUUUAACCUUUUUUUUUUUUUUCUAAUUUUCACGUUUAUGUACCGUCACUCAUUUUCAAAGACUACCGAAGGUUUUUGGACGUGGUAUUAUAUCAACUAAAGCCUUGCUUUACUGGUUUUGGCUCUUGGAUGCCAAUGUUGGUCAGUCUGAGUGUUAUGAGCAGUGAAAACUACGUAUGUAAGCAUAUGGGAUGUACAGAAUACAUUCUGCAUGUGGAAUUCAAUUUACUUGAUGGGAGAAAAGGUGCACUUGGAGGCGAUUUUUAAGUGUGGAUCUUCUUUACAAGUUGAUAAUUUUAAACAUGUGUUCUUGAGUGUAUUUAUCUUUUAUGCAGUGCGUGCAUGUAAACAUUUUCAGAAACUUGCUGUGCUUAUUGAGAAGUCAAACACCAACUUUCUUAAGUGUUCAUUCAGCAGUCUUCAAUGCAUGAAUUAGCAAAUGCUAAUUAAAAAGUCUUUCAAAACUUUAUUGUCAAUAUGUUUGCUAAGAUGUACUCCUGGGCCAUUGCCUCAAGAGAAGAGGUGCACAAGGACAGAGGUAGAUGGCUAGGAUGUACAUUAAUGCAUAAUUUAUUUGUUAACUUUAAUAUUAUGGUUUAGAAUGUGUCAAUGGCAAAGAGCUUUAAGUAUCUAUUUCUGAUAAUGGCAAUCAGUAUUGUGCAUUUGUCACAGCCAGGCAGGUAUGGGAGGUGAACUUACAUGGUCUCAACUUGCUAGAGAAGCCUUCUUCUCCAUUGUGCCUUAAUGUUUAAGUUAAAUGUGAUGUUGUAAGGCCUCGAGUAUCGCUUCAUUCUUUGUUUUUAUAGUUUUGUGAAUAAUCUUGUGAUUUACUGAUAAGGUACAAUAUUCACUUACAAAUAAAAUGUAUAGCACUGAAA